AAACUGCCCACUUCUCCUCUUGUGUAACUCUCUCCUCCUCUCUCCCUGCCCCUUUCCUUUCCUCUCUCUGCAUCUCUAAUGCUCCCUUUUUAAGCAUGACAUCCCACCAGAAACAGUGGACAGCGGACCGCUCUUGUGCUACUGAGCGACGCGCAAGCCAGAACGAACAGAGGCUGAGCAGGGCGCACCGAGAACUGCUGAGACCCAUUGGUGUCAUGUGAAAUAACCAAGAGAACAGUGGAUAUUUUCAGUAAGUGGGCACCCACUGUGAAAGCAUAAAAGCAAAGGCACAGCGGAGGUCUAUUUUUUUUCUUGCCGUGGUAUGAUUUUCGUCAUUCCCGGGAUGCGCUGUGCGCACUGAAGUGGCCAUGGCGCAUUUUACGCACUGCAGGUAACCGGUCUAUUGGAGACUAAAACUCUAAACACAUAAUGGAUUAAACAGCGAUUGUUGCUCCAGUUUAAACAGCCGGGCGGACAUGGCGGCACUUCGGAGGAAAUUUGGAGAAGACUACCAGGUGGUUAACACCAACCAGGCAACUACUUUUUCUGCCCCGGUCAAGAAGAAACGCCAACGCUUCGUGGAUAAGAACGGCCGCUGCAAUGUGCAGCACGGAAACCUCGGCGGGGAGACCAGCAGGUACCUCUCCGACCUGUUCACCACUCUGGUGGACCUGAAGUGGCGCUGGAACCUGCUCAUCUUCAUCCUAACUUACACCAUCGCCUGGCUGGUCAUGGCAUCGAUGUGGUGGAUAAUUGCUUAUAUCAGGGGCGAUCUAAAUCACGGCCACGACUCGUCUUACACCCCCUGCGUGGCGAACGUUUACAACUUCCCCUCCGCGUUCCUCUUCUUCAUCGAGACCGAAGCCACGAUCGGUUACGGCCACCGCUACAUCACCGAGAAGUGCCCGGAGGGGAUCAUCCUCUUCCUGUUCCAGUCGCUGCUGGGCUCCAUAGUGGACGCCUUCCUCAUCGGCUGCAUGUUCAUCAAAAUGUCCCAGCCCAAGAAACGCGCAGAGACGCUCAUGUUCAGUCAGGACGCGGUGAUUUCCCAAAGAGACGGCAAACUGUGCCUCAUGUUCCGAGUGGGAAAUCUGCGCAACAGCCACAUGGUGUCCGCGCAGAUCAGGUGCAAGCUCAUAAAGUCCCGGCAGACACCUGAAGGCGAGUUCCUGCCGCUGGACCAGUGUGAGCUGGAUGUUGGUUUUGGCACGGGUGCAGAUCAGCUCUUCCUGGUGUCCCCUCUCACGAUCUGCCAUGAAAUCAAUCACAAGAGUCCGUUUUUUGACUUAUCGCAACGCUCUCUAAUGAACGAACAAUUUGAGAUUGUUGUCAUCCUCGAAGGCAUCGUGGAGACCACUGGUAUGACAUGCCAAGCCCGGACGUCAUACACUGAAGAUGAAGUUUUAUGGGGCCAUCGCUUCCUGCCUGUGAUGUCUCUGGAGGAGGGCUUUUUCAGAGUGGACUACUCUCAGUUCCACAACACAUUUGAGGUACCAACACCACCACACAGCGUCAAAGAGCAGGAAGAGAAAAACUCAUUGCCCUCCCCUCUGUCCACUCCCACCCUCGCACUGACUGAGAGCCACGGUGCCCGGCGUGACCGGGUGUUUUCUGUGGAUUGCAUCAACACUUCAGAGGAGAGGGGCCGUCACGGAGGAGCUGGCGGCCGACUGCCGAGCAAGCUGCAGCGGAUGAGCUCAUCGGGGAAGGAGGACCUGCAGAGGAAAGUUCUUUUGCUGAGCUCCCAGCACACAGAGAAGGCGUGCAGCACAGGGGACCUCCCCAUGAAGCUACAGAGGCUCAGCUCCUCACCCAGUCCUGGAGCACAAAAUCGGCUACAACUCAAGUCGCUGAAGGUGGGCUUUGAGCCCAUGACGCAGUCAACAGGAGACCUGUACCAGCGCAGCCCAACAACCACGCUGUCACCCACUCCAGGUCCCAUGCACAGCCCUCUUCUCUCAGCCGGGGGGAGGCUAGAGGACAAUCUACCACCAAAGCUACGGAAAAUGAACGCUGACCGCUGAAAUCUGGACAGCCAUCAUGAGAAGCAGCGAUCAUGAGAGGGUGGUGCAUAUGGAAACAACGGAAAGCAGUUACAACGGGGGAAGACAGACUUUCUGGCAGUUAACGGAUAUUUUUUUCUUCAGACAGAACUUUUACUGGAAUUACUGUGAUUUUUGUGUUUCAUAACAAAAGGAAUAGAUGCAGACUAUAGACGCAUAUUUACUGGAUUGUUCUGAGAAGAGUUGUGCAUGUCUACAAUAAAUCAGUUGUUUUAUUUAUGCACCACUAUACUCAAUAGUUGAUCUUAGUUUUAAUCAAAUAUAAAUUAUAUUAAAAUGAAAAUAAAAGCAGUUUGAUAUU